AUGAGGAGCCUUCUAGCUCCGAUCUCAGAAGCUGGCUCGUGCAGCACUGCAGCUCCUGUGGAGAGGUACCCCACGAGGGGAGGGGCAUUCAUCUUCUCAGGAUUAGGCUUUUCCUUUUCCUUUUCCACAGCCCAGAACAUCAUCACUGGAGAUGGCCUGGGGAUCAAGGACGAGCUCAUUAGUCUGGAGAUUGGCUCCCCCAGUGUCCCGGAUCUCACUCUCAUCGACCUUCCUGGGAUCACCCGGGUACCUGUGGGCAAUCAGCCCGCUGACAUUGGUCACCAGAUCAAGUGCCUCAUCAAGAAGUACAUCGCAAGGGAGGCGACCAUCAACUUGGUGGUGGUCCCCAGCAAUGUGGACAUCGCCACCACAGAGGCACUGAGCAUGGCACAGGAGAUGGAUCCCGAAGGAGACAGGACCAUAGGAAUCCUGACAAAGCCUGAUCUAGUGGACAGAGGCACCGAGGACAAGGUGGUGGGCGUGGUGCAGAACCUGGUGUGCCACCUGAAGAAGGGCUACAUGAUGGUCAAGUGCCGUGGGCAGCAGGACAUCCAGGAGCGCCUGAGCCUGGCCGAGGCCCUGCAGAGGGAGAGGGCCUUCUUUGAGGACCACCCACACUUCAGGCCUGCACACACUGUGACAUGGGGCAACACUGUGAACACAGCCCAUGCCCCAGGAAUCCUGACAAAGCCUGAUCUAGUGAACAGAGGCACCGAGGACAAGGUGGUGGACAUGGUGCAGAACCUGGUGUGCCACCUGAAGAAGGGCUACAUGAUCUACAUUCCUAUGGAUGGUUUCUCUAUCCGCAAUCUAUAUAUGGUCCAGAACGCCUUCACAGAUGUAUCUGAAAAGAACUUCACUGAGUUUUUUAACCUCUACAGAACCACCAAGAACAAAAUCGAAGACAUUCGUUUGAGCCAGGAAGAAGCUGCGGAGAAGGCGAUCCGCAUUCACUUCCAGAUGGAAAAGCUUGUCUACAGCCAGGACCAGGCGUACCGUGAUGUACUGCAGAAGGUCAGAGAGGAGGAGGCCAAGGUGGGAAAGAAGAGCAAGGGCCCUCAGGCUUUGACCAGCAAUGCUAUGGCUGAAAUCCUCCAGCACCUGAAAGCCUACUCCCAGGAGGUUCACAGCCGCAUCUCCACCCACAUCCCCUUGAUCAUCCAGUACUACGUCCUGCAGCUGUUUGGCCAGCACCUACAGAACGCCAUGCUGCAGCUGCUGCAGGACAAGGAGAGCUACGCCUGGCUCCUGAAGGAAAAGAGUGACACCAGCGAGAAGAGGAAGUUCUUGAAGGAGCAGCUGGCCCAGCUGAGCCAGGCCCGGCACAAGCUUGCUUCGCUCCCCUGUUAACCUGGCUCCUACGCCUUAAGGGAGGAUGCUCUGAGCCUCUCCUGAAGGCCAAGCCAGGGAGAUGUAGUCUCUUAGCAGGUUCUCAGUAGUCAGUGGCAAAGACAGCCCUCUGCUCUUUAUGCAGUAGCACAUGUAGACCAAGAGGAGAGCAGUUUGAUUGCCAGCCAUAAGAGGGCAGUCCCACCACAAGCACAGGCUGCAGACUGGAGGGAAGAUGGCACCAUCCUGAAGGGACAAGGCUAUCUCUGUGGGAGUCAUCCCUACCAUCCCCUUCUGUGCCAUGAGCGGGUCUCCAACUUUAGCCCCCAGAAAGGUUCCUUCAGGUCUCCACAAUCUCCUCUGGGAUCAGCCUUGUAGCAGUGACCUGGGACUUGCAGAACCUGGGCUUCCUACUAUAGCAGUAGGAACAGAUGGCAGUGAGUGUUGGCUCUAAGCUGUCGGUGGGUUGGUAAAGGAAGGGAUUAUAGCAGGCUCCUCCUCUCUGCUGGACCUCAGGGUAGAGGAUAUGCUCAAAAUUAUGCCCACACUUGGUUGUACAGCUGGCAUCAAGCCUGGUAGCUUCCAGAACAGAAGACCCAAGGGAAAACUGAGUACUGAGCUGAGCUAGGAACCCCAGCCAGACAUGUGGACCAUUUUUCCCCCAGAGGACUGUCCAGUCCGGAGGGUUUGUAUGGCCAAGAGGCAGCACCAGCUACGUGCUUGCAUUCCACCCUUCCCAAGCCUGUUUUUAGAUCCUCCCUGUACCAGGUCUUCCCUCCCACCAGACCUGUCAGAUGGCAGGCUAGGGGACAGAUUCCUAAGGAGCAUUGUAGGGACCAGCUGAUGUUGGAAAUAGGUUACACAUGUGGGAGAAGGUGAGGAUGGUCUGGGAAUGAAGAGUGCCUAGAGCAAGCAAGCUAGUUUGGUCCUAAAAUACAUUGCCUGGGGGCUAGGGAGAUAGUUCAAUUGAAUAAGCGCUUGCCUG